ACAAUUAUAUAUCAAAGGGAAUUGGACAAGUUUCUGAUAUAUUUAAUUCCAAACAUUCACUUCUCUUUUAAUAUCCUCCUUUGUAUAUUGUUCGUUUUUCAGUAGCCAAAUUAUGACAAUUGCAAUGACUUUCGAACAUUGAGCGAUAACAUAUGAAUAAUAUAAAAGUUUCAUCACAAGGAAAGAGAUUUCUAUGAGAUUAUCUAUCUAUUAAGAAUCUAUUGUUUGGUCAUUACUUGAUAAUUAAAGUCUAAAUUUUUUACUUACUCAAGGUAAAAGACUAUGUGUGAUUUAUCUACAACAUUUUACAGUUUUGUAAUUUUUUUUGAAAAAGUUUUACAAGUGUUUUUAUUAGAAAAUAUCUUCUAAACUAAGAAUAAUCUAAAGAUUCGUGUAACUAAACAAAAAUUUCCUUGAUUUCGUUGUAUUUCGUCAAUUAUUUAAAUAAGUAUUUGAAAAUGAUAACUGUUAAACAGAAAAAUCUCGUAACGUUGUUCGGUUCAUCGUUACGUUUUUUUCAUGUAUGGUUCGUAGCGCUGCAUGAUUUUUUGUGUCUUCAUUAGAGGUAUGAUUGGGUAACCUGACUUUCUUCCAGAAGAAAUGUUUUUUAUACCGGCUCAGGGAAUAGUUGAGUUUUUUGGAAAAGCGUCUACUUGUUAACAUAAAAAUGAAGAGAAAUGUUCUAGACUUUAGUGAAUAUGAUACUAGCAACUUUUCUAUUCCGGAUAAUCUUUUUGCAAGAGUUGAAUAUUUUUUCUUAGGCGAAAAAGAUUACACGUAUUUAGAAGAUCUUCUAUUGAGAGGAGGAGCAAAACGAGCUAACAUAAAAUCCGAUUCCAUCACCCAUUUCAUUUGUGAUGACAUCGAUGAUCUCGAAUUCGAUGAGGCUAAUGCUUUAUACCCAGGUAUUAUAGUUCAAUCUGGUUGGGUGAUUGCUUGUACUGUAAGAAAACGAAUAGUUCCAGAAACAGGAUUCGAAACGAAGCUAAAAUACAUACUUGACGGCGUUUGUUUGGGCAUAUUUUCUAAUAACUUGAAAAAGAGAGAUCGGAUUAUUUUUAUUGGAAACGUUCUUGGAGCUCAAAUUAGCAGUUCGGAUUACUCCAAAGUAACCCAUUUGGUAACGAGUGAACCAGAUAUUAAAAAACUACCUAAAAAAUUAAAGCAACUUUUGACAAAUAAUAAACUGGAAGUAGUUAACGAGGAUUGGUUAAAAAUUUGCCUUCAGACUGGAACGAAGGUGUCAACUAAAGAGUUUCUGUAUACUGCAGAGUGUAAGGAAGAAAAUCCUAUCAAUCCUUCUCAACACUCUCAAAUCGAGGGAAUCCAUCACAGUUCGCCAAGUCCUACAAAUAAACCUACUAACAUAAGAUAUUAUGGACGCUGUGAAGACCAAUUACUCAGUGUACCAUCUCAAGUUUGUCUGCUAGGUAUAAAAUUUUAUAUUAGCCCUGGUUUGACAAAAAAUCCAGAACUGAAAAAAGCUUGGAAUUUAUGUAUCGAAAACUACGGCGGUGAAAUUUCAAAUGUUUUAAAUGCUUCAGUAAAUCACUUGAUUAUAAGAAGCUUAUACGAAAAGGAGUACUUAUUUGCGUAUGAGAGAGGCAUACGUUGUACAACUCUCAAUUGGGUGAACGAUAUCAUGGAAAUUGGAAAAGUUGAGCCUCCAUUUUACAUAACUCAUAUACCAGACUGUAUUGAUCCCGAUCAAUUGCCUUUGAAAAGCUUAAAAGUUUGUCAAAGCGGUUUUAAGGAUAUAGCAAUCAAAUUACAAGUAAAAGAUAUGUUGGAACUAGCCGGUGGCCAGUGGUCCGAUAAACUUGAUAAAGAUUGCAACUUUCUCAAAGUGUCCUUCUACAUGAAAAAUCAUGUUGAAAAACGAUGUCUCGAAGACAUUUGGAGAGAUGAAAAUUCCCCAAGACCAGUUCCAUUAGAACAUUAUAAAAGUCUUCCAUUGAUUUUUUAUGCAAAUAUUAUCAGUCGAGUUCAAUUGCGAAUGAAACUUAAUGAAAAUGUUAAUUACGGACGGAGUCGUUUCUCUACACCGAAUAUUUUACUAUCGUCUUAUGGUGAAAAAGAGAAAGAUUUGUUAUCAAAGAUGAUACGUAAUUUAGGAGGAAAAUUAAGUACUGAGAAAGACAUAAUUAAAGUUUCUCAUAUUGUCUAUGAAGGUCGUACAAAUAGAGCUAUGUACGAUGGCGAAGUUGCUCUGAAGCUGUUGUUAAAGAAAUUGAUGGAAGUAAAUGAUUGUGUCGAGACUGAAAAAGAAGAGCUAGAAACCUAUGUGAAAUUGAUCAAAGCGUAUAUGGAUUGCGUUUCGAAAGAGAUUGAAGACAAAUAUUUUUGGAAGAGAUUAUAUGAUAAGCAAGUGGCGAGUAAUGCUUGUCUAAUGGCUAGUAUUGAUAGCUUAAUGAGAGCCAACUCAAAGUUAAUAGCCACCGGUAUACAUCAGCAAGCAAAAAUAUUAGCACUUACUGGUGUUGGGAAUACAACCAUUGCUCUCAAGGAUAACAUUAUUGCUAAGUUAGUGGCAACUAAUUCCCAAUUAGCGACAGCUAACUUAGCAAAAGAAGCAAGAAUAUCCGAACUUGAAGAGGUAAUGAAGGACCAAAACAUUUUGGAAUAA